CUUUAAUCAGUAACAACUAUAUCUUUUUUUCAACUGCUUGUUUACAUUUCUACGAACAAAAUCUUAAGUUACAUUUUUUGUGCAACGAACUAGUUUAGGUCCAAGGUUGCCUAGAAAAGUGGGCAAGCGAGCUUUCAAUUCAGAGGGCAGCGCGCUGGGAGUGCAGACAACUAGGAAGACGAUAUAAACAAGCGUUUGGGAGCUUUGAGUGCAAGCACAAUGGCGACUGAAGUCGACACAUGGUCCACAGCUCCUCAGCACGAUGCAGGAGUGUUCUCCUUCGAAGAUGAGCUGGGAGAGUUGGAUGGCGAGGAGGACAUGCUCAACGACGGGGAGGUGAACGGAAACUGGACCCCUCAGGAGAAAGCCCUUCACGAGGCGCGACUCAAGGCCAAGGCCAAACGGCGCCUCCGCAAGUCCUCCUCCAGGGACUCCACCCGCGAGUCGCUGUCCGAGUCGCUGUCCGGCGACCCGGGGGCCGACCCCAACAGCCCCAAGGGCAAGGUCAACACUCACGACCGCAAGUCCAGGACUGGAAAGGGAAGGGGACUGCCUAAGAAAGGUGGAGCCGGCGGAAAGGGUGUAUGGGGUGCAGCCGGGAUGGUGUACGAGAUGGAGGAGCCUGACGUGAAGGACCCCAACUACGACGAGUCGGCGCAGGGAGACACGGUGUAUGAAACCGUAGUACCAGAGCUGGAAGAAGGAGAGCUGGAGAAGACAGUUAACCCUAUAGUACAGGAGUACUUUGAACAUGGAGACACCAAAGAAGUUGAGAUGCUGUUGAAGGAGUUGAACCUCGGCCCUCACAAGUUUGAGUUCUCCUCGCUGGCUGUCUCUCUGGCUCUGGAGGGCAAAGCCAGUCACAGGGAACUGACCUCUCGCCUUCUCUCUGACCUGACCGGGAAAAUUCUCUCGGAGAGUGACGUGGCGCGAGCCUUCGACAAAAUGCUCAAAGAGCUUCCUGAUCUCAUCCUGGACACGCCCGAAGCCCCGCAGAUGCUAGGGCAGUUUGUUGCGCGAGCCAUCGCUGACCACGCCCUACCCAUGAAUUUCCUCAACCGCUACAAAGGCAAAGUGGACUGUGAGCAUGCCAGAGCUGCGUUAGACAGAGCGUCCGUCUUGCUCUCCAUGAAGAGAGAAAUCGUGCGGCUAGAUAACGUUUGGGGAGUGGGCGGCGGCCAAAGACCCGUCAGACAUCUCAUCAAAGAGAUGAACUUGCUCCUGAAGGAGUACCUGGUGUCGGGCGACUUGUCGGAAGCCGAGCAUUGCCUACGGGACCUGGAGGUGCCACAUUUUCACCAUGAACUCGUCUACGAGGCUGUCGUCAUGGUGCUGGAAUCCAAAGGAGACACAGCUGUGCGGAUGAUGGUCAAACUUCUCCAGGCGUUCUGGAAGACGGGCCUCAUCACUCUGGACCAGAUGAACCGGGGUUUCCAGCGUGUCUACGACGAACUGCCAGAAAUCAACCUAGACGUGCCCCACGCUCAUUCCAUCAUGGAGUCGUUUGUGGACCUGUGUUACCAGGAGUCGGUCAUCACCAAACAGCUGAGAGACGCGUGUCCUUCGAGGGGGCGUAAGCGUUUUGUGAGCGAGGGCGAUGGAGGAGUCAUCAAGAGCUAGAGAGCGGAAGGGGAGCUCCGCUGUUGCCCCUAGCCCAGUCUGCAGGCCUUUGACUGGGCAGGCCAGUGGACAGACUCCCUCUGUGCUCUGCCCUGGAUCUCCGCAAUCACCACCCACCCAU